GGUUAGUUAAUUUUGGCGGCUGUGGCGAGACCAUUUCGGCGGUUGAGGCGACACGGCAGAAGUGAGCAAAGCGUUCAGGUGCGGAGCCGCGGAGGGAUGGGCGGCAGGAGGGAGGCCAUAGAGCGGGAGCUGAAGAAGCUUCGGGCAGAGCGGGAGGAGCUCGACGGCCGGAUACGGCUGCUGGAAUCGCAGCUCGAGGCAGGGCCUGCGGGAUUCAACGGUGCGGCGGCGGGGAAAGGAGUAGGGGACGAUGCGUGCGGCGGGAGUGGAGCGUGCCAGAGCCGCGUGGGUAACGAGUUUGCUCCGGACGGUAGCCUCCCGGCGGAUAUGAUCUACCGGUACAGCCGCCACCUCCUUCUCCCGGACUUCGGGGUCGAAGGCCAGCGGAAGCUGUCACAGUCGUCGAUUUUAGUUGUUGGGGCUGGAGGUUUGGGCUCUCCCCUGGCAUUGUAUCUAGCAGCUUGUGGUGUCGGUCGCUUGGGCAUUGUGGAUGGUGAUGAUGUUGAAUUGAAUAAUCUUCAUCGACAGAUAAUUCAUAAAGAAGCAUAUGUUGGACAAUCUAAAGUGAAGUCAGCAGCUGAUGCUUGCCGGGAGAUUAAUUCCUCUAUCAAAGUAGUAGAGUAUCACCAUACUCUGAAGCCAUGCAAUGCUUUGGAGGUUGCACGGAAAUAUGAUAUAGUUGUUGAUGCAACUGACAACCUUCCUACUAGGUAUAUGAUCAGCGAUUGCUGUGUUUUGCUGAACAAGCCACUUGUAUCUGGUGCGGCAUUAGGCUUAGAAGGGCAGUUGACUGUUUAUCAUCAUAAUGGAAGCCCAUGCUAUCGGUGCCUCUUUCCAACUCCACCACCUGUGGCAGCCUGCCAGAGAUGCUCAGACAGUGGUGUCCUUGGGGUUGUUCCGGGAGUGAUUGGUUGCUUACAAGCUCUGGAGGCUAUAAAGGUUGCAACUGGUGUUGGUGAGCCCCUAUGCGGAAGAAUGCUACUAUUUGAUGCACUCUCUGCUCGUAUUAGAGUUGUUAAACUUCGUGGAAGCUCUCCAGAUUGCACCCAUUGUGGCGAAAACUCCGUUUUCACAGAAGAAGACUUUCAGAAGUUUGACUAUGAGAGCUUCACACAGUCACCAAUGUCUGAUAAGGCAGCACCAAGCGUGAACGUACUCCCAGAGAGCGCGCGGAUCACUUGCAGAGAGUACAAGAAACUGGCCGACGAUGGUGAACCUCAUCUACUGUUGGACGUACGGCCUGCGCAUCACUUCCAGAUAGCUUCGAUCUCUCCGUCCCACAACAUCCCGCUCUCCAUGCUGGAAGAGAAGCUGCCCGCGCUCGAAGCCUCGCUGAAGGAAGCAGGAGAGGGGUCAGCCUUGGUUGUCCUGUGUAGGAGAGGUAAUGACUCUCAGAGAGCCGUCCAGCUUCUCCGCGAGAAGGGAUUCGCCUCCGCGAAGGAUAUCAUCGGUGGGCUGCAGGCAUGGGGACGAGACGUCGAUCCUGAUUUCCCUGUGUACUAGCGAGAUGGAAAUAGAUGCACUACACCUUGUAACAGUUUGAAUGCCGCCAGAGAUUCUGGUGGUGUUGCAAGAACGAGAACUCUGGUACUAUGAUUUGGGUACUAAUUUUGCCA